AUGAUGAUGACAGAAAAAUAUUAUACAUUACCAAGUUCAUCAUCGUCAUCAUCAACAUCACCAUUUUGUUAUUCAACUAUAUAUCAUUCAUCAAGAGCAAAUCGUGUUCAUGAAAUUAAAAAUCGUUUAAAUUUUCAAAAGAAAACAUCAACGAUCUAUCAACAGACUCCGAUGAAACUAUUAUUCGAUUCUCAACCAACUGUUCGAACACAUUCAUUGCAUGACGUGCAAGAACGUAUCGAUUAUUUCGAGAAUAAGAAUCAUCUCGAUGAUGCGGAAAAGAAAGCACAAGAUAAAGUCCUUUUAAAUUCAUCAUCAGCUGAAACAUUACAAUCAGUGAUUGCGAAUACAUUACAACAAACAUUCAGUAAAGGUGAAUCCUACGGGAGUGCACUAUCACGUACAAUGAUGAAUUCAUCAGCUAAUGAGCAUUCAAUCAGCAAACGUCGAAGUCUUUCCAGUGGAAAUAUUUUCGGAUCAAACGAUCAGAAACGAUUCAAUCGUUAUAGCUCAUUGCUAUCAAAACGUGUACGCACAAGUUCAUUAUCGAAUCAUUUAACCAUGGCUAUAACAGCAAUAACAAGUUUUUCGGAAGAACAACCGACCGAGCCACAAGAGACGAAUAGUAUUGAUUUUGAGAAUACAUACUUCUAUCCCGAAGAAACCACACGACUAGACGAUGGAUUAUCUUUAACAACAAUAACCUCGAAUAUUCCAGCGCGAUUAACACAUCAACAACAUGAUAUUAGCGUUUGUUCAGAUACAACUGUUUUUCAAUCCGAUACUGAAGAUAAUUCGGAAGCCAUAACACAAGCGGUUAAAGAUUAUGGCGAUACAUAUGAUAUCAUUAUGCCAAUCGACUUACACAAUGAAAAUCCGACAACUAAUGAUGAUGAUCAGAUUAUUCGAAUACGGCUUAGUUUAACACCACCUGAACCUGAUUUUUCCGGCGUUGUACAUGCAACAAAAUACACCGUUGUCAAAGGAAAAGAUUGCUUAUCCGAUUAUGACAACGUUAAUCAUCCUCCUGAACCAAACAAGACGAUAAGGUCAAAUGUAGACGACGUCUCAUUAAAUAAACCGAUGACAUCGUCUAUUCAGCAUGAUCAACAAAAUCAACAAGAGAAGCAACGAACAAAUGAUAACAUUAAUGAUCAGAAUAGAGUGAACCAACAAGCAAUUGUUCAUUCAACUCAAAUGAUUAACUGUAUUGAAGCAAUGACACAACAUGACAAUGAUGACAACGAUGAUGGACAUUAUUCAGAUGAAUCAAAUUAUUCUGAUGAUCCACGGUACUCGUCGGAUGCAGCUCGAAACAGCUGUGCAAGUGACGAUCUAAAUAAUACAAGUUCAACAUUACGUCAAGAAGCAAUAUCGAUCACACGAGUUCGUUGUAAACGACGUAAAACAUGGAUACGUUCACCAAGUUCGCCAACUCAACCAUCGAAUGAUAAUGUCCAGCCCACCAGUUAUCUUCAACAACGUCGUUUGAAAAAAAAUCUUAUCGAACCAUUUCUCUCGAAUCAUCAACUUGAUGAAAUAGAUGCUUGUCAAAAUACAAGUUUAAACUCAUCGACAUCGACGAAAACAGUUACAUCUACUACGUCACACAAUCACACACGUGUCGAAACAACAAUGCUUCUACACAAUACCUGUAAUAACAAUCGUCAACCGAUCAAAACAGAUGAUUCAUCACAAUUACAUUCAAAUGGUACUUCCUAUAAAAAUGCAUCAUCACCAAAGACUAACAACAAAACAAAUGAAUUCUANUCGUUGUCCUCUGUUUUGUUUUCGUACUCGUCGGAUGCAGCUCGAAACAGCUGUGCAAGUGACGAUCUAAAUAAUACAAGUUCAACAUUACGUCAAGAAGCAAUAUCGAUCACACGAGUUCGUUGUAAACGACGUAAAACAUGGAUACGUUCACCAAGUUCACCAACUCAACCAUCGAAUGAUAAUGUCAAGCCCAUCAGUUAUCUUCAACAACGUCGUUUGAAAAAGAAUCUUAUCGAACCAUUUCUCUCAAAUCAUCAACUUGAUGAAAUAGAUGCUUGUCAAAAUACAAGUUUAAACUCAUCGACGUCGACGAAAACAGUUACAUCUACUACGUCACACAAUCAAACACGCGUCGAAACAGCAAUGCUUCUACACAAUACCCGUAAUAACAAUCGUCAACCGAUCAAAACAGAUGAUUCAUCACAAUUACAUUCAAAUGGUAGUUCCUAUAAAAAUGCAUCAUCACCAAAGACUAACAACAAAACAAAUGAAUUCUANUUUUAG